AUGUGGGGACAGACCGGCGGCCAGGCCAGCCACACGGCCACCAAUACCAACCUGGAAGAGGUCGCCAACUCCUGCGGCAUCACGAAGACGACCACCGUGAACGACCUCGAAACGCUGGAAGAGGCGUUCGGCCGCGCCAUGCGGGAGCCCGGCCCGUGGUUCAUCGUUGCCAAAAUAGAAGAGGCCGACGAUAGCAGAGUGAGGUACAGCGACUACAUCAUCUUCGCAGACGAGAGCGGAGAUCCCAAUCCCAGGUCAAUCGACCCCCAUUAUCCCGUUUUCGUCCUCAACUUCUGCGUAUUCCGAAAGGACGAGUACGCCGCGUCGGUGCUACCUGCGGUGACGGCGUUCAAAUUCGAGCACUUUGGGCAUGAUGCGGUGGUGCUACAUGAGCAGGACAUUCAUCGAGGGAAAGCACCCUUCGAUUUUGACGAGAACACCCAAAAGCAAAUUACUUUCAAAGACAAACUGAACAAAGUAAUCUCGCGAUUGGAUUUUAGGAUUGUUGCCACCGCAAUCGAUAUGCACCGGUUCUCACAGCACACCUACCUCGACGCAUACGGGCUUGCGUUACGUGGUUGCUUGGAACAGGCGUACACGUUUUUGGACAGCCGUGGACAGAGCGAGUCAAUCGCUCACAUUAUCCUCGAAGGUAGAGGCCGCAAGGAGGAUGCCAGUUUGAGGCUCGCCUUUCGACGGAUCGCAGAUGGCGACAACAACCUUGGCAAGACCAUGCCGGGCAUUGAUAUCUUGGUCGCACCCAAGCGAAGCAAUUCGAUCGGUUUGCAAAUCGCGGACCUGACCGCAUAUUCAAUAGGCAGAAAUUAUCUGGAUCCAGACAAGCCCAACCUGGUGUGGGAAUCGCUGGCAAAACCGAAGUUCCUAGGCAGUCUGGCGGUUCUCCCAUGA